GCGGCGAUGGCAGAGCAGGAGGGUGCCCGCAACGGCGCCCGCAACCGUGGUGGCGUCCAGCGCGUGGAGGGCAAGCUGCGUGCCAGCGUCGAGAAGGGCGACUACUACGAGGCGCACCAGAUGUACCGGACCCUCUUCUUCAGAUACAUGUCCCAAAGCAAACAUGCAGAGGCCCGGGAGCUCAUGUACUCAGGAGCAUUGCUCUUCUUUAGUCAUGGCCAGCAGAACAGUGCGGCUGAUUUGUCCAUGCUGGUCCUUGAAUCCCUGGAGAAGGCAGAGGUGGACGUAGCUGAUGAGCUAUUGGAAAAUCUGGCUAAAGUGUUCAGUUUGAUGGAUCCAAACUCCCCUGAGCGAGUAGCUUUUGUGUCCAGAGCCCUGAAGUGGUCCAGUGGAGGGUCUGGGAAGCUGGGCCAUCCUCGGCUCCACCAGUUGCUGGCCCUAACGCUUUGGAAAGAACAAAACUACUGUGAGUCUCGGUAUCACUUUCUGCACUCCACUGACGGUGAGGGCUGCGCCAACAUGCUGGUUGAGUACUCCACCGCCCGAGGCUUCAGAAGUGAGGUGGACAUGUUCGUGGCCCAGGCUGUGCUACAGUUUCUCUGUUUGAAAAACAAGAACAGUGCACUGGUGGUCUUUACAACGUACACACAGAAGCACCCAUCCAUUGAGGAUGGGCCACCCUUCGUUCAACCCCUGCUCAAUUUCAUCUGGUUUCUGCUGCUGGCUGUGGACGGUGGCAAGCUGGCUGUGUUCACAGUGCUGUGCGAGCAGUAUCAGCCGUCCCUGCGGAGAGACCCCAUGUACAACGAGUACCUCGACAGGAUUGGACAGCUCUUCUUCGGUGUGCCGCCAAAGCAGACAUCCUCCUAUGGAGGCUUGCUAGGGAACUUGCUGAGCAGCCUCAUGGGCUCCUCAGAGCAGGAGGAGGGGGAAGAGAGCCAGGAUGACAGCAGCCCCAUCGAGCUGGACUGAAGCUGCCUGGCCAGCAUGGAGAUGCCCAUGGCCGGCACCACUGGGACGGAUUCAGUGCCAGGCUGGGCACGAGGCCCCUUACCAGUGGGCUCUUGCUCCGCAGCUGGAGGGGCCACCUGUGCAGAGUCUGUCCCUAUUUAUGUAUGGUGGCUGAGGGCUGUGUGGCCAGGACCAAGAGCAAGGCCCAGCUCCUGCUGGCCAACCGUGUUCCUUCAGAUCACCCACAAUAAAGCGCAGGCCUUGCUGCAGCA